AUGGGCAAAUCACGACGGAGCAGAGGCAAAGGCAGCCAGCGGCCCGACCCCAUCGCAAAGCCAGUCAAGCCGCCCUCCGACCCCGAGCUGGCCGCCGUACGCGAGAAGAGCAUUCUACCUGUGCUGAAGGACCUCCAGAGUUCCGAUCCCAAGUCCCGCACAACCGCAGCCGGCGCAGUCGCAAACAUAGUCCAGGAUACGAAGUGCCGUAAAUUGCUUCUGAGAGAGCAGAUCGUGCAUAUCGUGCUCAACGAGACCUUGACCGAUGCGAGUGUAGAGAGCCGCGCCGCCGGCUGGGAGAUUCUUCGCGUGCUCGUCGAAGAGGAAGAAGCCGACUUUUCUAUCCAUUUGUACCGGGUAGAUGUUCUCACUGCCCUGCAACAUGCUUGCGCCAAGGUCACUGAGACACUCACAUCAUUAGACCCUGUCUUCAGCAAAAGGACAAAAGCCGAGCAGGGCUUCUUAUGGAGUAUUGCCGAGUCGCUCACCGUUGUCCUCGCCUCCAUCGCCGAGGCUCAAGAUGAAGCACUGGACCAGGCUUCGCGCAGCGAGCAGAUAGUGCGCUUCCUAUUCACCCUUGUGUCUGCCGAAUUUACGACUGCCGCCGUUCUGAAUAGUGCCUUGUCGUGCAUGACUACGUUAUCCGAAGACAACCGGCAUUUUGUGGAGGCGAUCCUUGGGGAUAAUGCUACCCAAUGUUACAAGCACCUCGUGACGUUCAGGGGCGGUGAUGGCCACAAGGCCGUCCUGUCCUGCGCCGUCCUGCACAACAUAUUCUCCGUAAUGCAAUGGAACGACCAGAGCCCGGGCAGAGAUGGAGCUUGCGAUGCUGUGCUUAUCCCCACCCUCUUUCAGACACUGGAGCACACCGAGCUAAACGGGAACACGACGAACAGACACAGCUCAUCGAGUCCGGCCGAUGUCUUGCAGCUAGCUCUCGAGGUUCUAGCCUCUAUAGGCACCGCUUUGCAGGAAUCGCUCGAGAAAGGUAGCCGGUCAAAGGAGGAAGUCAUGGGAGGCGCGGAUGGCAAGGACGUUGCCAUGGAUGCCAUGGAUGCCGAUGAAGACGAGCAGCUUUCUGACGAUGACAAGCCAGCUGAUGAGGACGAUGAAAUGGACGAAGACGAGUUGCACGCAGAUCUGGAGAUGGUUACCGGGAUGGACGACGAGCCCGAGGUGUCUUCGGACAUCGAUGACCUACCCACACUAAAACAAUUCGUCCAGCAGGUGAUACCGCAAGCCGUAAGGAUAUCAAGAGCAAGCAGUGGAGACAGUGAGACAACGAAUCUCAUCCGCGGCCACGCUCUGACGACCCUGAACAACAUUGCUUGGACGGUCAGCUGCAUGGACUUCACCGAAGGGUCGAAUGCGGCCAUUCUGCGAGCUUGGGCACCAGCAGCACGAAUGAUUUGGAAGGACACAGUUACGCCAGUCCUUGGGAGCGACACUUCUGACGUUGCGCUGGCCACAAUCGUGACGAGUCUCGCGUGGGCUGUCGCCAGGACUCUGCACGAGGAGACCUUCCUGAGCGGUGACGAGCAGAAGAAGUUUAUGUCGUUAUAUCAUGCCUCCAAGAACCUCGAGGUAGACCAAGACGACCCGUUCCAGAGCCUAGGCGUGAAGUGCAUAGGAGUUUUGGGCCAGUUGGCGCUUGAUCCGGCGCCCGUUGCUCUCAACCGCGAGAUCGGCGUCUUCCUCAUCACAGUUGUUGCUGCUUUACCCGAGACGCCUGUGGCGGAUGCCGUGGAAGCCUUGAACCAGCUCUUCGAUAUCUAUGGCGACGAGAAAAAGGCAUGUGAUGCGGAGGUGUUCUGGAAAGACAACUUCCUACAGCAUAUGGAGGGCUUUGCGCCCAAGGUGAGAGCCAUGGUCAAGUCAGUGGAUAAGAAGAAGUCGCCCGAGCUGCGGAACCGAGCGGAGGACUCGAACCUGAAUCUCUCGAGAUUCAUCAAGUAUAAGCAGAAGCUUCAGUCAUCAGCUGACUAG